AUGGGCUACAAGAUAAAACAGGAAGAGAAGAAACUGGGACCAAUCUCGUCCACCCGGAUCCCAGCGCCACCAACAACAAAAUCAACAGGGGAGACGACCAGGCAAGAAAAGAGGGACAUGUCCGGGAUGAAGGAGUUUUUGGCAAAGAAGAGUGGCCAAGCCACCCAGCAAACCGGACAGCCACCGACAACCCUGCAGGACACCAUUGGAUUAUUGGAACUUCGUCCGAACCUGUCCACCGGCCCACGACUGCCACUUUAUGUCUCCGACCGUGCUGAUACGAGCCAUGAUGGGCUGAGAGCACCUCCGCGGGCCUGCUGUGGGCAAAGACAGCUACACACUGUAUCCAUAAAGUAUCCUCUCUUUUAA